AUGCCCCAAAGGAUCUCGAAUGGUGGCAAUGAAAUUACGACUCUCAGAAGAUCCCCUAGAUUUCUUCCUCGGGAAGAUGCCUCUGGUAAGGAACCUGAAGUAUGGAAGAACCGAGUGAGUUCUUCUCGGAACCUCUCUGCCAACGAACCAGCAGUGUUAUUGUCAAUGCCCCAAAGGAGCUCGAAUGGUGGCAAUGAAAUUACGAUUCUCAGAAGAUCCCCUAGAUUUUUUCCUCGGGAAGAUGCCUCCGGUAAGGAACCUGAAGUAUGGAAGAACCGAGUGAGUUCUUCUCGGAACCUCUCUGCCAACAAAACCCAUUCUCGUUCUCCUCUCAGCUCUAUAGAAAAUACCCUUCCAAGGAAAAACCGGGUAUGCUCUCUUUCUACUGCUGGUGCUGUGAAAAUCCAUUCUGAUUCCAUUCUUAGUCCGACCGCUACUGUUUCUCUGGAGAAAACCCAUGAAUGUUAUUCCGAAAAUAUUACGAAGAGGUCGAUUAGAUCUAGUGGUUUGCGAGAAACUUCUGCGAAACCGCUCAAUGGGUCAAGAAAAUGUACAAGCCGUAUCUCUGUGUCCGAGAUCUUCCCAAGUCUAAGACGAUCACCGAGGUUCUCUAAUAACGAAAUUACACCGGCAUUUGUCGACAACAAGGCCGGGAAUAAUCAGGCAGAAUUAUUGGUAUGCCGUAAGGGAAAUGAUUUUUUAGAUAAAAAGAUUUCUUCUGAGGUAACCCAGAAAGGAAAUUUGGGGAAAAACAGAUCAAGAAAUGUUGGAGUUCAAAGGGUUUUCUCCAAGGCGGCAGGAAAAGUUGAUAAGGGCGUUAAUUCGUUCAAUGACUUGGCAAAGUACAGGGAAGGCAUUGAGAGAGAGAUUUCUACAGUUUCUCCAGCAAUGACGCCAAAGGGAAUGGGAGGGGAGAAAAGGAGCGAUCUUCGGAACGAGGGGAUUCGGGUUGACAGGAAAAGAAAGCAACGGGAUGAAGGUUGCAGUCCUGAAGGGUGGACGAAAGAACAAGAAGCUGCAUUGCGGAGAGCUUUCUUUGCUGCAAAGCCUACGCCCCAUUUCUGGAAGAAGGUUUCUAAGCUGGUUACAGGAAAGUCUGCACAGGAAUGCUUUGAUAAAGUCCAUUCUGACCUCAUUACUCCACCUCACCCCCAACCUCGUUCCAGGGCAAACAGAACAAAUUCAUCUCCAUUGGGUCAAUUCUCAAUCUCUGCAAGUAAACUCCUUGAACCAACCGAGAUGAAUGUUAAAAGGCAAAAGAACAGUAAACAGAAAAGUCAUCUCAAACAGAAAGCUGUGAGACAUUUGCUACGGAAGCAUUAUCUUGUGGACCAAAUUUCUGAAGUGGAUCUAUCUUCGUGUCAAAAGAAUCUUGCAAGUCCCCCGGUUUUGAAGCAGGUUAAAAACAUGGCGUUACAUGAGAAGUACAUUGACCAGCUACAUUGCAGGGAAGCAAGAAGAAAGGCUGCAUCAUCUUCUGUGGUAAAACACAUUAUCACAGGAUAUGAUGGAAAGGAGAAUCAUAUGCAGGAAACGGAUGGUGUUGAAAUAGCCAGGAAUUCUCUUAUUUCUGAUGCACAAGACAUGAUCAACAAAUUUAAAUGUCUGCAAGCUGCUGAUGGAUUGAGUAAUAAUGAUGAUUAUGAUGAAGAUGAAGAAGGUGAUGAAUUCCCUUGAUAAGCAUUGCUAAUUCAUUGACUUGCACAAUAGAUAAUUCAUAACUGAUUUUGAGCUAAUGGAAGCACAGUGAAUAGUUUCUAUCAUGUGAGAUUGGCUGAAUUUGUGGUAAGAGAGCAAUUGGUUGUGGACAGUUCUCUCCCAUUCAUCAUCUAUCGAUGAGAUGAUGGAAA